UUUUAAUUUUGAGGUUAUUUUUAUGUAAACAACGUGAAACAAAAUUAAAAUGGGAUUAAAAUCUAAAAAGAAGAAUAAAAAGCGGCAGACCGAUGAAAGUACAUCGGAAAAUAACACCUCGGAUAUCGGACACGAGCAGGCAGAAGAGUACGUAGAAGAAAAUGACGAUGUACAGUACGAAAAUACAAGUGCACAAAAGAGAAAAGGAUCUGAUAGUGACGAUGAAGACGACGCAAGUCAUAAGAAAAUUAAGAAAAAGAAAAAGAAGACGCCAGUGGAUUCUACAGAGAAAAAAGGCAAAAAAUCCAUUAGACAGAUGAAAAAAGAGAAGCAUGCUCAGAGACAAGCUGAAGCAGAAGCAGCGGCUAAGGACCAACUAAAAGCACAGUGUGUUACAUAUUUAUCACAGUGGAAACACGAUAGACAAAACUGGAAGUUCAUGAAAGCAAAGCAAGUGUGGCUGUACAAAAACAAAUUCUCAGUUAAUCUCGUUCCGGAAAGCUCAUGGCAAACAUUUUUAGAAUACUUUGAAUCCGCUAAAGGCAAUAUACGCAAUAUGCUGAUAGAGGAUGCAAAUAAAAUAAUUAAACAGAUGGAUGAAUGGACAGAAGCACAAGAAAAAGCUGGGGGCGAAGAAAACGAAGAAGAUUCAAGCUUAAAAAAACCCGAUGAUGCAGUUUAUAAUAGAGCCAGGAGCCUUAUACAGUGUCUGGGAGAAUAAAACAUAUUUAAUUUUAAA